AAUAUUUCAUACAAUUCGUACACGGCUACUUAAGCAUGAUAAGGAUAAUAUUUAAAUUAGUAAUGUAUUUCACGAGAAAAAUCGUCGCAAUAUGUUAUAAUUUUAACGCGAAAAAUGCAUUUGUAUAUAUAUUAUCUGAGAGUUUAGAUAACGUCAAUGAAACGAGUGCGAAAAAUAUAACAUCAGUAGUCCCUAGAAUCACGUUGUUUUGUUUUGAUUCGGAUGGAAUUUAAUCAUAUCUACUCCCAAUUUUUCUCGUACUAGCCUUGAAGAUUAUAAAACUUAGUCUCUUAAUUUAGGACGAGUGAAAUUUUGUCGUACGCAUGAAUUUUUAAUUCAAACUUCAAAUGAACUAGUCGUGCGAAUUAUACUCUUUACUGCACGUAAAUGAGUAGAAGGUUAUUGAGUUUCCGUGUAUAUCGAGUGUCUAUUCGAUCAAUGAAACACUAUUCAUAAUGAAUGUUGUACGAAUUAACUCAAGAAAUGUGAUUUUCAUUCUUUUGGCAAUUUUGUCAAUUACUGUAAAAGAGGUUCAUUUGGGUUAUGAUAGUGUGAUUAAUUAUGCAAUGAAAGAGGCCAAUGUGAAUUCCACGCCUGCAUUUAAUAGUAAAAAGGAAGAAAUUGCAAGAUCGUGUCCAGGUGGUGUUGCUUGUUCAGAAUUAAGUGGAGAAUGUUUAAAAUGUAAUUUAGAUCCUAAUUGUGUAUACGGAGAUGUAUAUUUUGCUAACUGUUCCGUUUUGGAACACAUUGAUUGUGUUGGUGAGCAAUUCUUCCAAAAAAAAUAUGUAUGCCGUUAUUGUUAUCAAACGGAACACUGGGAGCAUGAAUGUCAUCAAAAAAAUUCUUGUAGCUCUGUAGCUUCUCCUCGACAGUAUUAUAGAACAAAUUGUACAGUAAACGGUGAUAUAUUGUGUUUAGGAAGACGUAAAUUUAUGAAAAAUUUGUUAUGCAAUUGGACUGUAGGAUAUCGUUGGUCCACUGCUCUAAUUUUAAGUAUUACAUUAGGAGGUUUUGGAGCUGACAGGUUUUAUUUGGGUCAUUGGCAAGAGGGAAUUGGUAAAUUGUUCAGUUUUGGAGGACUCGGAGUAUGGACACUGAUUGAUGUAAUACUCAUUUCAAUGAGAUAUUUAGGUCCAGCAGAUGGAUCAUUGUAUAUUUAGAAUUUACUAUGUAUAGAUAAUUUAAUUUAAUUUAUUUCUUUGUAUAUGGAAAAACAUCCCUUUAAUGUACAGUGCGGUUACAAUUAUAAUAGUGCGUCACUACAACUUCUGGAGUUGGUAAUACAUUAACUGUGUUCAAGUAGUCUAACAAGAUUAUUUUUAAAUAAAGUGGUCGAUCCGGAGAAGAAA